AGGCCGCGCGGGGUGGGGCUCGCCGGGUACGCGCUCGUUGCGUCGACGUGCUGACGCCAUGACGCUCUGGCUGGUGUGUCUCGGUGUGUGUGUGUGAGUGUGUGAGUGUGUGAGUGUGUGUGUGUGUGUGUGUGUGUGUAUAUAUUUGUGUAUCGGCGGUCCCGCAGGUCCCGGAUGUUGCGGACAGUAUGAGGCGAGCGCAGGGGGACGGGGAUCAGCAGCUGUCGCCGCCGUUCUCAGGGUGAAAAGAAAGCAGAAAUCUUUGCCCCUGAAUUUGGAAAUUUUGUUUAACCUUCAAACUGGCGAUGUCAAGGGUUCCAAGUCCUCCACCUCCGGCAGAAAUGUCGAGUGGCCCUGUAGCUGAGAGCUGGUGCUACACACAGAUCAAGGUAGUGAAAUUCUCCUACAUGUGGACCAUCAAUAACUUUAGUUUUUGCCGGGAGGAAAUGGGUGAAGUCAUUAAAAGUUCAACCUUUUCAUCAGGAGCCAAUGAUAAACUGAAAUGGUGUUUACGAGUAAACCCAAAAGGUCUAGAUGAAGAAAGCAAAGAUUACCUAUCACUUUACCUGUUACUGGUCAGCUGUCCAAAGAGUGAAGUUCGGGCAAAAUUCAAAUUCUCCAUCCUGAAUGCCAAGGGAGAAGAAACCAAAGCUAUGGAGAGUCAACGGGCGUAUAGAUUUGUGCAAGGCAAGGACUGGGGAUUCAAAAAAUUCAUCCGUAGAGAUUUUCUCUUGGAUGAGGCCAACGGGCUUCUUCCUGAUGACAAGCUUACCCUCUUCUGUGAGGUGAGUGUUGUACAAGACUCCGUCAACAUUUCUGGUCAGAAUACCAUGAAUAUGGUUAAAGUCCCUGAAUGCAGGUUGGCGGAUGAGUUAGGAGGACUGUGGGAGAAUUCUCGGUUCACAGACUGUUGCUUGUGUGUUGCCGGCCAGGAAUUCCAAGCUCAUAAAGCUAUCUUAGCAGCUCGUUCUCCAGUUUUCAGUGCCAUGUUUGAACACGAAAUGGAGGAGAGCAAAAAGAAUCGGGUUGAAAUCAACGAUGUGGAGCCUGAAGUGUUUAAGGAAAUGAUGUGCUUCAUUUACACUGGGAAGGCUCCGAACCUGGACAAAAUGGCUGAUGAUUUGUUGGCAGCUGCCGACAAGUAUGCCCUGGAACGUUUAAAGGUCAUGUGUGAGGAUGCCCUCUGCAGUAACCUCUCGGUGGAGAACGCGGCAGAAAUUCUCAUCUUGGCUGACCUCCACAGUGCAGAUCAGUUGAAAACUCAGGCGGUGGAUUUUAUCAACUACCAUGCUUCGGAUGUCUUGGAGACCUCUGGAUGGAAGUCAAUGGUGGUGUCCCAUCCACACUUGGUGGCUGAGGCAUAUCGCUCUCUGGCUUCAGCACAGUGCCCUUUUCUGGGACCCCCACGCAAACGCCUGAAGCAGUCCUAAGACCCUGCCUGCUGUAAGACUCCGUUUGUGUUCCAGAAACAGCAGCCACUGUGGCUGCUGUCGACCACCACAUAGCGCAAUCUGUGGAGCUUUUACUCUAUUGUGAGGGAAAAGACUGCAUUGUGGCACCAGACUUUUAAAACAGCACUAAAUAACUUAGGGAAGUGGGGGGAGGGAAGGGCCCAGGACUCGGGGCUGUUCAACCUAAUGAAACCCUGUUGCUGCGUCACUGUGUUCCCUUUGGCCUGGCCAAGUUUGAUACUGUGGGGAUUCAGUGUAGGCACUGGCCCCGAGGACAUCCCAACGGUGGUACUUCGGAGAAACCUGUCUGCAUCUGACUGAGCAGAACAAUCUUCAGGUGCCUGGAGCAAAAGGAAAAAAAAGGACAUUUAGUUUUAAGAGAAAGGAAAGAAGAAAGGAUUUUUGCAGAAUUCCUCAAAAAUCAGUUUGUGGUGGAUUCCAGUAGUAUUUAUGUUGAGAGAAACAAAUUUUAGUCCUUCCAACUUGGAUGUUGUGAAAACUCCUCACCACUGUACAACUCUGAGAAGAGCUCUCUUGUUAGCACUUAUUGUUUGCAAGAACAGAACGUAUCCUUUUAUGAAAUAAGACAAAUGAAGGCAAAAUGGGAAGGAGGUUAUUUGAUCAGGAAGAUGAGUAUUCUGAUGUGGUAGCUUUUGCAAAAAAUCUUUAUUGGUCUUGAAAACUGGAAGAAAAAAAAAUUCAUCCAAAAUUGAUACUGUCUUGACAAGACCUAUGGUUCUCUGUUUUUAGAUGUUGUGGAAAAUGUUUUUUGGCAUUUUUCUCUGCUUUUAUUUCUCCUCCUUCCUCCCACCCAUUUUUCUAAAAAAAAAUAAAUAAAAAAUCAAAAACAAAAAAACACACAAACGACAAAAAGAAAGGAAAUUGUAUUGUCUAUUAAUACCGUGUGAAAAAAAGCCCAGCCUAGAUUGCUCGGCCGUUUGGGCCUGACUUGCUGCCUGCACAGGAACCAGGCCUAUUUCUUCUGAUUAGCCCCUCUUCCUGCAGGGGAGAACUUCCAAAUGUUAAUUUUUUUUCCUUUUUGAAAAUAUAAAUAAUUACUAUUUUGUACUGUGUUGUAUCUCUGGUCUUUUGUUUCAUUUACCUGGCUCGUCUCUUUGGUCUGAGUUCUUUGCUGAAUGGAUUUUAAAACCUCAAGGAGUUUGAGCCUUCAGCUUGCAUAGAUUGUGUUUGAAAUGUCUGCACCUAGGAAUAUAUUGCGUCUUCAUAAUGCCAGGUUUCCUUUGUGACCUCUGGUCUCUUGGCCUCUCCUUCCUUAGUAUCUCAUGAGGCGUCAGGUCUCUGCUUCCGAGGCCAGGAAUGGAAGUGAGCUUUUCUGCACUUUGUGUUUCAGAACCAACCCCACCUCCCAUUACCUAACUAAAUAUAAAAAGAUUAAGGGGAUAUGAGUGUGGAGAUUAAAUAAAGGGAAAUUAUUGUUUCU